AUUAUGGGAGCAUGGGGGGAGGGUUGUAAGAUACAUUACACUGAUGAAGUAUCAUAAUCACAAGCUAUGAAAAGGGGAAAUGUAUGCUUACUAUAGGUACUUUUAGUAUGUAUUUCCUGGCCCUGAUUUGAUCAGAAUCAACUGCAACAAUUUAGCUUUCUUUCUUCCUUCCUUCCUUUCUUUCUUUCUUUCUUUCUUUCUUUUUUUUAAGUUUAAUUGUUCACUUUUAGAAAAACCUCAAGGUUACGCAAGAACGGUGGCAGAGCGGAAGCAAGGAGCCAGCUGCUUUGCACAUCCGAGGGCUUGAAAGAGAACAGCAGACUGCAUCAGAAACAAAAUCGCAGCAGGGCCUCUUGCUCUCACAAAUCCUUCAGGGUACUCUGUCCUCUCCCACCAAGUAUACUGAUUUUAUUUUAUUUUAAUUAAUUUAUUUAUUUUGGCCUAAGAUGCUGCUAGGAUGAAUAACAUGAUCCAGCUCUGAAGAUCUCUAGGGAGGAAGAGGAAGCCUUCUGCUUGAGGAGUUUCCCCUUACCUGACUCGUGUUGGGAAUGAAGACACUGCCUGCCAUGCUGGGGACUCCUAGGUUAUUUAGGGAAUUCUUCAUCCUCCAUCUGGGCCUCUGGAGCAUCCUUUGUAAGGAACCUACUAAGAGGAUCGAUGAAGACUGUCAAGUGCAAGUUAAGAUUAAGAGAAAUUCUGAAUUCUCUGCCUGGACAGGAGAGUUAUUUAAAAUCGAAUGUCCUGUGACAUACUGUGUUCAUAGACCUAAUGUGACUUGGUGUAAGCACAAUGGAACAAUCUGUGUACCCCUUGAGCUUGGCCCUCAGCUACACACUAGCUGGCAAGAAAAUCAACCUGUUCCAGUUUUCAUUCUCCAUUUUGAACCAAUACAUCUCAGUGAUGACGGGUUGUAUAGUUGUUCUACAAACUUGAAUUCUGAAGUUAUUAAUAGCCAUGCAGUAACCAUCCAUGUGACAGAAAGGACUCAAAACUAUUCAGAAUACCAACUAAUAAUAUCUGACAUCCCAGAUGCCACCAAUGCCUCAGGACCAUCCACCAUGGAAGAGAGGCCAGGCAAGACCUGGCUGCUUUCCACCUUGCUUCCUUCGGGGGCAUUGCUUUUCCUCCUUGCCUGUGUCUGCCUGCUCUGCUCUCUGAAAAGGAUGCAAGGGAAAGAAAAGAAGCCUUCUGACUUAGAAGGAAGGGAAACCAACUUGGUUGAUAUUCCAGUGAGUUCUAGGACAAACUCCCAAACAUUGCCAUCAGAAACAGGAAUUUAUGAUAAUGAUCCCUGGUCCAGUCUGCAGGAAGAAUCUGAAUCCACAAUUAGCUUGCAACUGGAGAGAAACAAACAGGGCAUUGUUUAUGCUUCUUUGAACCAUUGUGCUAUUGGAAGGAAUGCAAGACAGGCAAGCAACAUGCAGGAGGAAUACACAGAAUAUGCAUCCAUUUGUGUGAGGAGUUCAGCCUGCCACUGACCCAGGCAGCAGGCAUUGCAUGAGUGCAUGUCAAUACCUUGGUCUGGACCUUCAGUUUCAAAUAACCUUCAACUUGGAAAUUUUCAAUUAAGAUGCUUUGUUCUGGUGCUGUGUCUUAAAGGUCCAUGAAGUAUUUAGUUAAAAUUUCUCGUGAAAAUUUUGAGAGAGUUUUGUACAAGAGCCUUGAACAAUAGACUCUUCCCUGGGAAAACUCAUAUUACGAAUAACAGAAUAAUAGGACAUUUAAAAAUGACCAUGUCGUACCCGAUGUGUCAUUUCAAUAUUUUCUUUGAAACUACCAGAGAGACUUACAGUGAAGAAAUAAGUAUGUUAUUUGGAUCUGCUCACUACACAUUCUAGAAAAAGAAUGGCCCAAUUUGACAUAAAUACAGUAAUGAUUGUAUGUUCUCAGUCAGUCAUGAUAAGUCAAUUUCCCAUGUCAAUCUAUAGAUAAUAUUUUAUUAUUUUUUUAAUGUAAAAGAAAAAUUAUCUUGGACUAAAUUCAGAAAAAGAUUAGAAGGGGAAAUUGGUACAAUACAGAUAUAGAAUAUGCCAAAUAGAUGCGGUGCCAAUGUUGAUUAUCCCCACCAAUGAGAUGCUCAUCUUCGCCUGGCUUGAUUGAGAAAGUUAGGGAGUGCAAGGUUCAUCCACGUAUAGUGAGUAUAUUUGUAAGCAAAGUGGUAGUGUUUGGAUCAAGUAGAUUAAUGCACAUGAAUGUCAUUCAAUGCUGCUGAAUUAAUAUAUGUAUGGUACGUAUGGGCCUAUGAACAAGAGUCCAUGGGAAUAGAUAUUAUCAAUCUAGAUUGAACGUUUAACCCACCUUUUGCUUUUUGAGCAAGCUCAAAAGACAAUUUCUGAAAGGAGAAUCUUGAAUAUUGAGUUGAUCAAUAGGGACUGGCAUGCAUUCACUAACAUCUGUUCCUUGAUUCUUAUGAAGUGAAUCAGGAAGAAUAAUAUGUAAUAAAGUAUGGCAUAUGGAGAUCAUUCAGGUUUAAAUUCUGACACUGCAGCUGCUCAAGAAGAUGAUUAAGAUUAUCAGGUGUUCUGAACUUCCAGAUUGAGUCUAAUUACUUAAAAAUAGCUCAUCAUUUUAUUCCUCAGCUUGAGGCUUGAGUUCUCAGACCCUGAAACUGAAUAAUGUCAUAGUUUUAGUACACAACAGAUUGGGCAUGAGUUAGAAGCCACUGGAGCAAACACAUGAACUGUCUAUGUAAUUGCAUGCAUAUAUGUGGAUGUGCCUGUGCAUGUGUGUGCUAGCAUGCAAAUGCAAGAUAUGACGUCUGGAAAUGAGACAAGAGAAACCAGUCCUACUGCCACUCUAUUUUUAGUUUGCUUAGAAGGUGCAAAACACUAGAGAAAAUUAGUCACUUAUAGAAAACGACGAAUUGGGGGGUGGGGUGGGGAGAGUUGAGAAUGUAUGCAUAGACAGUGAAUGAAGAGGCCUUACUACCCAGCUUUUCUCACCUACUGCUCACCUCAGGUUUCAGUUCCCUGAAUCCGGGACAACAGACAGUGUUUGCAGAUACUAUUACAACCACUUCUAGUUAAGCUUGUUCAGGAAGGUGAAUUUGUGGGAAUUUAUGCAAAAUAGACCUUAGCAUAGCUGCUCAUCUUCAAAUUAGAAACAGGAAGUAUGGGGGGGAGAUGAGUACUGCACUCUGUCCCUCUUAUCUGAUCAACAGGCAACUUAAGCAAUUCUUUCAGAACUGUCUCCAGCUUUAAAAACAAAAUACUUCAGUCUACUCUGUUUAAAACAAUCUUUUAAAAACUUUGUGUGUGCAUGUAUAUUUGGGCGUGCGUGUAUGUGUGUGGUAUAUGCACACGUGUGUGCAGGAGACACAAGAGAAAGUCAGGCACCCUUUUCUACUACUCUCCAUCUUAUUCUGUUAAGGGAAAGUCUCCCAUUGAACCUGGAGCUAUGCUAGCAAGCAGCGAGCCAGUGAUGGAUCCCCCCCGUCCCUCAUCCCCACACUGCUAGGGCUAUAUUUGCUCAUGCUCAGCUUUUUACAAGGAUGUGGAGAACCCAAACUCAGGUCCUCAUGCUUGUAUAACAAGCAUUCUCACUUACUAAGCAUGUUCUUAAUAUGUUUUACAAUGAAAAGCACUGCUGGGGAUUUCACCUCAAUGAAUGAUCAAUUCUGUUUGUACCUUGUUUGUCAAUCACAUAUCAUUUUUGCUCUUAUUCCUCCUUAGUAAAUAUGUGUAUUGUAUCUCCUCAAAUAAAUUUGUUCCAGCAUUAUUUUCAUGGUUACCUAA